CUUUCCGUCACUAAAGUAAACAAACGUCAGCUGGCGGAGUGUGGCGAGACAACUCAGACAAGACCGCGAGGAGCAGAGAACACGAGAGCAACGUUUUCCCCCGAGUGUUUUCCCAAGAGUCCCGUGAAAAAGUGUAGGUGUGUCUGCUAUCCCGGGGCCUGUCCUCGCCAUGGCCCUUAAGAACUCCACGUCGGGCUAUGACUCGGCCUUUGAGGAAGACAUCAAGCUCCGAAAGAAACAACAGGAGCGCCAUGCAAACAUCUACAAGGAGAGAGGACCCAGGCAAGGCCUGCCAAACCGAGCCCUCCUGGUGGACGCAGCGAGCCAGGAGGAGGGGCGGCGGCUGCGUUACCAAAUGUCCAGCAUGACAGCAUAUGAGAGACACAAGAUGCUCAUCAACAACUAUGUCCUGUACCACCCCGGCAGCACUGCCUUCCUCAAGCGAGACACAUCGAGAGACAAGAAGGACAUUGAUGUGGUGCGGGAGAAUCACCAGUUCCUGUGGGAGAGUUCAGACACGCCAGACACAUGGGAGAGGCAGGUGGCCAAGAAGUAUUAUGACAAGUUGUUCAAGGAAUACUGCAUCUGUGAUCUCUCCCACUACAAAGAGAACAAGGUUGGCAUGCGGUGGAGGAUUGAGAAGGAGGUGAUAUCCGGCAAGGGACAGUUCACGUGUGGGGAGAAGAGGUGCAGUGAACAGGAGGGACUCAGGACGUGGGAGAUGAACUUUUCCUACAUGGAGCAAGGAGUCAAGAAGAACGCCCUUGUCAAGCUGAGACUGUGCCACGACUGCUCCUACAAAGUGAACUACCACCACAGAAGAAAAGAAGUGACCAAGGCCAAGCGGCGCAAAUACAGAGACGACACAGACAAGAAAGAAUCCAGGAAGAAGAAGAGGAAGGACAAGGAUGAGGCUGAGGAGACGGAGGAGGCGGCAGAGAGCAGCUCAGGGGGUGGGGAGGCACAAACGGCGACAUCACCUGACGACAUAUGGAAGGGACCCGCCAAGCUGCCAGAUGAAAAGAGUCGAGAGGAGGAGUUUGAAGAGUACUUGGAGGACCUCUUUCUUUGAACCAGCAAUGUGUAAAGAUGUGAUAAAGUAAACCUCAUUUAUAUAUAUA